AUGAUGCAUCGUUUUUUGUAUUUAUUUGCAAGAAAAAAACUAUUUUUAUGGAUCCUGUAUUUCAUUUUAACCAUUUUAUUUGUUUCAUUUAGUUAUAAAAGAGCUCAUCAAUUAUAUCGAACUUCAUUUAUUGCUCAAUCAUCAUUUUCUACACGUUUAUCAAAUAUUCAUCAAGGACCUAAUAUUUCAUUACUAAAUGUAUCAUUUGGUUAUAAAGAUCGAAACCAAUGUUUUGAUAACAGUACACCCUCACGUCAAACUCUUUCAAAAAUAACUCGUCAAAAUAAACUAAUAAAUUAUCUUGGUUUUGUUCUUCGAUCUCAUUCAUUAUUUUAUUGUUCGGUUCCAAAAGUAGCUACACGAACUUUACUUAAAUUUAUUACUUAUCUUCAUAUACGUGAUGAUUUAAUUCCGUUACUCAAAGAUCUUUCAACAUUUAAUAAUAGUAUAAAUUCUAUAAGUAAUUUAAAUAUUUUUAAUAUUGCUUAUUUCAAUCAAAUGCUUUCGUCUUCAACUAGGAAUAAUUCUCCUCUACCCACACACAAUUCAAUUUCAAUUCUUGAAUCGUUUCUAUCGCGUAUUAUGGGAUUUAAUAAUACAAAUUCAACAAGAGUUGAUUUAUGGUCAAUGUAUCAAAGAGAAAAUCUUCCUUUUAUCCGUCUUCGUACUUUAUUGGAUCCAUUCAUACUUUUUUCAUCAAAUUUUACUCGUGUAAUUUUCGUUCGUCAUCCAUUCGAACGUUUAGCAUCAGCUUAUGUUGAUAAAAUAGCUUCGCUUAAAAAUGAACCAUUUUCAUUAUAUGAUAGUUAUCGUCGAGCAAUUUGUCGAAAAUAUUCUUCAUUUUAUUUAACAAAAGCUCAAAAAAGAUUUUAUCGUAUUUAUAAACGAAUAUCAAAGAAAAUGAAAGAACCUUGCGGAAAAAUAACGCCAACAUUUGAACAUUUUAUUCAUUAUUUUAUGUCUGAUUCAUUACAAGACGAUGUUCAUUGGCAACCUUAUUCAAAAUUAUGUCAUGUUUGUUUAUUUAAAUAUAAUUUUAUUGGAAAAUAUGAAACAAUGAAAGAAGAUCUUCAACGAUUGAAAUCAUAUCUUGGAUUAGAAUCAAUCAAUUUAAAUGAUGCAAAGUAUUUUACGACGGGAAAAACAAAAGAAUAUUAUAAAUCAUUGUAUACAAAUUUACCUAAUGAGUUAAUUUGUAAUUUGAAAUAUUUUUAUGAAGAUGAUUUUAAAUUAUUUGAUUACCGAUUAGAAGAUUAUUUGGCUGAUCAAACAAUUAUUCAAUGCUCUUCUUCACAUAAGCGAGCUUUAAAAAAAAGACCUAGAAAUUAA